GUCUACACCUUUCUUCUCCUCCUUUAUCGUCUUGUCUUGUUCGUCCUCAUUCGUUCCAGAGCAUCAUCAAUUCACCAAAGCAAAUUAAUUUUUUUUCGGUAAUCUUUCUCAUGAAGAUUUUUCUCUUCGAAGUCUUCAAACUCGCUCAUCGUGACUCACCGUGACUCGUUCGAGUUAUAAAGUUUCCAUUUUCAUACUCAAAAGUCAAAACCAAUGGCUCAUGAGAACCUUUCAGACCAAACACCUUCUGAUGAUUUCUUCGACCAAAUCCUCGGUCUUCCCAGCUUCCCAGCCUCUUCAGCCGCCGUUUUAUCUGGUGGGUUAGGCGGAGGAGGAGGAGCACCGCCGAUGAUGCUUCAGUUGGGUUCAGGCGAGGAAGGAAGUGGGUUUCACAGUCAGAUGUUUCCUUUAGGUUUGAGUCUUGAACAAGGGAAAGGACCUGGCUUUCGUAGACCUGAAGGUGGUGGUGGUCUUGGAAGUGGGAAACGAUUCUCAGAUGAUGUUCUUGAUCAUCCUUCUUCUUCUAUGAAACCUGUAUUCCCCGGGCAGCCGAUGCAACAGCCAGCUCCAUCGGCGCCGCAUCAGCCUACAUCAAUCCGACCUAGGGUUCGAGCUAGGCGUGGUCAGGCUACCGAUCCACAUAGCAUCGCUGAAAGGCUACGUAGGGAAAGAAUAGCAGAACGGAUCAGGGCGCUUCAAGAACUUGUUCCUACUGUUAACAAGACAGAUAGAGCUGCUAUGAUCGAUGAGAUUGUCGAUUAUGUAAAGUUUCUCAGGCUCCAAGUUAAGGUUUUGAGCAUGAGUCGUCUUGGUGGAGCCGGUGCUGUUGCUCCACUAGUUACUGAUAUGCCUUUGUCAUCAUCAGUUGAGGAUGAGGGGAGUGAGGGUGGAAGGACACCACAAGCAGCGUGGGAGAAAUGGUCUAAUGAUGGUACUGAACGUCAAGUGGCUAAACUGAUGGAAGAAAACGUUGGGGCUGCAAUGCAGCUACUUCAGUCUAAGGCUCUUUGUAUGAUGCCAAUCUCAUUGGCUAUGGCUAUUUACCAUUCUCAGCCUCCGGAUACUUCAUCAUCAGUGGUUAAACCGGAGACGAAUCCUCCUCCACCGUAGGAUUCUUGUGCAAGUAAGGGUUUGUACAGCAACACAACGGUACAUGACUUUGGUUUGUUGAUGUUUCAUUUCCUUCCCACGUCCACUUGUUUGGUAAAUUAAUGGAGAUGGAAUCUAUGUAGGCAGGGUUUGCAGUAGAAGGGAGAAUUUGUCAAAAGGCUCUAAUAAAUUAUUAUUUAAAAUCA